AUGCUAGCAGCGCGCGUCGGCGUCGCCGGACGCGGAGGGACGGCGAGGGGAGAGAGAGGCCACGCCCACCGCGGCGCUGGGCCCGCCUCCGCGUCCGCCCCCGCCACAAAAAGCGCGGGCAGCGCGCGCAGGGCCGGCGGCCGGCCGCCACACGCGUCCGUGCUGCAGCAGACCAUCAACAUCCAGCAGCACCUGCACCACCUGCACCUGCACCAGCACCACAGCGUCAUCCUCAGCGGCGCCGGCGCCGGCGCCCUCCCGGAGCUCGACCACCACGCCCAGCAACAGCAGCAGCAGCAACAGCCGGCGACGCAGCAGCAGCAGCAGCAGACGCAGGACAAGGAGCAACAGCCGCCGGCGAAGAAGGGCAACCCCGGCGUGCGGCGGCAGGAGAAGCCGCCCUACUCGUACAUCGCGCUGAUCGUGAUGGCCAUCCAGAGCUCACCCGCCAAACGGCUCACGCUCAGCGAGAUCUACAGCUUCCUGCAGCAGCGUUUCCCCUUCUUCCGCGGCGCCUACCAGGGCUGGAAGAACUCGGUGCGCCACAACCUGUCGCUCAACGAGUGCUUCAUCAAGCUGCCCAAGGGGCUGGGCCGGCAGGGCAAGGGCCACUACUGGACCAUCGACCCCGCGUCCGAGUUCAUGUUCGAGGAGGGCUCGUUCCGGCGGCGGCCGCGCGGCUUCCGGCGCAAGUGCCAGGCGCUGCACGCGGCCGCCUGCGCCUACCCGCAGCACUACGGCUACGAGUACGCGGGCGGCGGCGCGGGCGGCGGCGGCGUGCUCACCUACCAGCAGCAGCAGCAACAGCAGCACCAGCAACAGCAGCAGCACCAGCAGCAGCAGCAGCAGCAGCAGGCGUGCUCGGACCGCGAGGUGGCCGCCGCGUGGGCCAUGCAGGGCGGCGUGUUCGCCACGAGCGACGGCAACGCCUACAUGAAGCCGCCGCCGCUGAGCCCGCUGCCCGACCACCAGCCGCUGACGCCGCCCGCGCCGGGGCCCUCGCCGCACGACCCCUACGCCUCCUACCAGUACGCGCUGCAGGCCGCCGAGCACGGCCUGCGCGGCGCCGGCGUGAGCGUGCAGUGCGACCGGAAGCCGUACCUGACGCCGCCGCCGGUGGCGCAGCAGUCGCAGCCGCAGCCGCCGCAGGUGCAGCAGCAGGCGCUGCAGCUGCAGCAGGCGUCCAUCCCCACCAGCCUGCCGUCGCCGCCCGCCGCCAACACGGCGCACGCCUUCUACGAGCACGUCAAGUACACCGUCUAGCUACAGCUGGCCGGAGGCGUUCGUUACCUCGGCGUUACCUGCGCCUUGUAACCGUUGCUGCAGCUCCGUGUCGGGCAGUAUCCAGCGCGUUCGAGGAACCGCUGCGGCACAUCUGCGGCUACAGGAAAUGUGCGACGAAACAGGACACUACUGUGCAAAGCGCUUGUGUCAGCAACUCGGUGCUUGUGAUUUAAGAUCAUAAAAGUGACGUAACAAUAUCUCCAGGCUUUCCUCUGUACCAAAGACGUACACCAGACUGUUGUGCUUCACCGCAACCAACUGCCUUCUUUAAGAAACGGCACAUAUGCCCAGCUGCCUCUGUGCUUGUGGUCUUCGUGUUGUGCAUCUAUCCGAGCAGUGCAAUGUGACAAUAAAACUAUUUAGGAACUUGGACGUUUCUGCUCUCCAGGCGUCGCUUCCGCUUGCGAUGCCCGGGAGAAGGCGAUCUUUGUCACACGCAUGCAAACCGACAGUGUUGUUCUGUUGUGUGAUCUGCGUAAAUGUCGUCUGAUCAUUUACGUUGAUCGGUUGUAAAUGAAUUGGUAGACAGUGACACAUAGUACAAGAGAUUGUUUCGAGAAAGUGAAACUAAUAAAUAUUACGAAAGAAAAGCGAAGCAGUUGCUUCUGUCCGCUUUCCAAAACGCGUUCUCCAGAUUAUCUGACAAUACCUCAGUAGUAUAUGCUACCGAAAAUAAAUGUUGUUUAAAUCAA